CAUCCCCACAACAGCUGACUGGUCCUAGCAUGGACACUGAUUUUCCUGUGUAGCUAAGGGUGAAAGAAAGACAGAAAAGGAAAAAAAACACAGAGCGCAGAUCCCAUUCCCUUGGGCACUGCCCACAUCUGGCAGGGAAUUAAGGGCUUAAAUCCAGCCUUCGCUGCAAUCCGCAAUGGCAAAUGAACCGGUGAUUUUGAAUGUUUAUGACAUGUAUUGGAUAAAUGAAUACACCUCCACGUUGGGCAUUGGAGUCUUCCACUCUGGAAUUGAGAUCUACGGCAGAGAAUUUGCCUACGGAGGGCAUCCCUAUCCUUUCAGUGGGAUUUUCGAAAUCACCCCGGGCAGUGCUGUAGAGCUUGGCGAGACCUUUAAAUUCAAAGAAUCCAUAGCCUUGGGCACUACAGACUUCACAGAAGAGGAUGUGGACAAAAUCAUGGAGGAACUGGGCAAGGAGUACAAGGGCAACGCCUACCACCUCAUGCACAAGAACUGCAACCACUUCUCAGCUGCUCUGGCAGAGAUCCUGUGUGGGAAGGAAAUCCCACGUUGGGUCAACCGCCUGGCCUACUUUAGCUCCUGUAUUCCAUUCCUGCAAAGCUGCCUCCCCAAGGAAUGGUUGACUCCGGCAGCCCUGCAGAGCCACAUCAGCCUCGGCCUCCAUAAGGAAGAGCAGGGAGACACAACGGAUGAGGAGUCCCCGUCCACAUCCGCAGCGGCCUCCGCCUCCGGUCCUUCGCGAACCUGCAGACAUACGAGGGUGUGA